GCUUCUUUAGUUCUUUAAGAGUUUCUCGUCCACUCCAAGAGCCAAGAGGGGCUUCUUUAUGCAUACACCGUUCCGCCACCCUAGUCAAAGAGGUGUCUUCUUUUGCUUUAAUCUGUCUUAUUAUUAAGAUUUAGAGAUAGAGAGAGCCUAAAAACACAGGAAAAGAAAACAGAGGCAAGAGAAAUGGGAGAGCUAUCGUCUCUGAGCCAUCUCUAUUUCACAGUCUUUUUCCAUUGCUUCUCUAUAUUCAUGGUUAUUCCACUCAUCCCUGAUGUUACUAUGUCUGCACUUUGCCCCGGAAAAUCCCAAUGUGCACUAGCAAUUUACCUCACCGGAUUGCAGCAAGCGAUCAUAGGGCUGGGGUCGUUUGUCAUGAUGCCUUUGAUGGGUAAUCUCUCUGAUAAAUAUGGGAGGAAGGCUUUGCUCACAAUACCAAUGACUCUCACCAUAAUUCCUUUAGUCAUAUUGGCUUACAGCAGAACGAGGAACUUCUUCUAUGCCUAUUACGUGCUCAAGACAGUCACUGCCAUCUUUUGUGAAGGCAGCGUCCAUUCCCUCGCCCUUGCUUAUGUGGCGGACAAUGUUCCAGAGGGGCGGCGAGCAUCGGCGUUUGGUAUCCUAUCCGGGAUCGGAUCUUGCGCCUUCGUCUGCGGGAACCUUUCGACUCGGUUUCUCUCCACUUCUUCCACUUUCCAGGUUUCGGCGUCAAUGGCGAUUGCUUCGACGGUUUACAUGAGAGCUCUGCUUCCCGAUUCAAUCAUUGAUGAAAAUCUUUCUACUCCAAUUAUGUCAACGGAGAAAGUCGAGAGUGUUACUGAUUCAAGGGAGGAUCCAGCUAGGAAGCCGCAGAUGUUCAAAACAUUGCCUUCUAUGGAGGAUGUGCUUGUGUUGUUAAAGAGCAGCUUGGUAUUUACUCAAGCAGCAAUUGUUUCGUUUUUCAGCAGUCUUGCAGAUGUUGGUCUCCAUGCAUCACUAUUGUACUAUUUAAAGGCCAGGUUUCACUUCAACAAAGAUCAGUUUGCUGACUUAAUGGUCAUUUCUGGGAUUGCAGGGACAAUAUCCCAGAUGCUUCUCAUGCCCAUAUUGGCUCCUGCUAUAGGAGAGGACAGAUUACUCUCAAUAGGGCUCUUCUUUGGCAGUGCACAUAUGUUCCUCUACAGCGUUGCUUGGUCCUUCUGGGUUCCUUACGUAGCUGCCGUGUUUUCCAUAUUCUUUGUUUUCUCACAACCAUGUAUAAGGAGUAUCGUAUCUAGACAAGUUGGGUCUUGUGAACAGGGGAAAGCUCAAGGAAUCAUUACAGGCAUAGGUUCCCUUGCAAAUGUUAUUUCUCCCUUGGCUUUCUCACCUCUAACGGCUUUGUUCCUUUCUGAAAGAGCACCAUUUAAUUUUCCGGGUUUCAGUAUUAUGUGCAUCGCAUUUGCUUCCAUGAUAGCAUUUGCACAAAGUUUGUUGGUGAGGGUGGCUCCUCAAAUUUGAGACAAGAAAGCUGGCAACUGCAACUACAACUGCAUGGAACCCUAGUUAGCACUGUGAAUAGUAAACCUUAGUUUACUAGACUAUUAGCCGCAAACCUUCAUUAUUACCUACAUAUUAGCCACAAACAAGAAAUCCCUAGUAGAACUUCAGCCUCAACUGGUAGCCAUCUUUAAUUUCUUCUAAAAAGAUCAUGUUCCCUCCCGGCAACAAGGGCUUUGUUUUCCCUUGUCAUAUUGCUGCUGUAUAAUCCACAGUUCUGUUUUGAAUUUUUUUUUUUUUUUUGAUAGUAGGGAAUUUCGGAGAAGGAAACCUGGAUAUAGAACUCAGGUUUUAGGUGUCCGUGCACUUUUCACAAAUUUUAGGUAUCGGAACACUUUCUACGUUGGGGGUGACUAGUAAAGCAUUACAUGCUGGAUACUGUUUGAAUUAGAUAGAAAGACUCAUGUUGGUCAACCUUGUAAAGCUUCUAUUCUACAGUAAAAAACAGCAUUUGAGAAGCAAAUUUGUAAAGAAAGAAGUGUGUUCCCAUUUCAACUUCGGAGAAAUGCCACGGACACUAGGUGUGAGGGGCCGAAUGUCCGUGUAUUCCGCGUCUGAUUGUUAGGGGAUGCGCUAAGCAUUGGUUGUACUUCUAAUAUUGUAGCGUUGUAAGAAAAACAAAUCAUGCACUAUUCUCGUGAUCCGAGAAUUGCAAACUAGUCUUCAGCACUCUUACGUGUUUGACGUCUGCAGUUUUUAUUU